AAAUUUAAUAAUUUGAAUCAUGCGAGUUAAGCAAAUUUAGACGGACCAAGGAAGCCUUAUCUUCAUCCCUAUCUAAAGGACAGGAAGAGAGUGAGAGAGAGAGUUGUAAUGGUUGCUCUCUAAUAAUGAGUUCAAUAGGCCAAAGUAUUCUGAUGGCACUGACUGUCACAGUGAACAAGUAUGCUUCAUCAAACGUGCAGGCAGUUCAUAGAAGUGAAAGAAAAAGACCAACCUCAACCAACACCAACUCUACCUCUACAGACAUAGCAAGGAGAGGCCUCCUUUUGUCCACAGUGCUUGCUGCUACUCAAAUUACUGACUCCAGAACUGAGCUUCUUCAAAAGUAUUUGAAGAAGUCAGACGAAAACAAGACCAAAAAUGACAAGGAGAGAUUGGAUAGUUAUUACAAGCGUAAUUACAAGGACUACUUUGAGUUUGUGGAAGGAUCUUUGAAAGGGAAAGAAGGGCAGCAGCUUACAGAAUCAGAGAAGGGUAUUCUCGAUUGGCUUAAAAGUAACAAAUGAAAUGACAUUUCAAAUUAUUUCUUGAAGCUAUAUAAUAAGCUGCUUAAAAAUGUUCUUGGUAACAACAAAUUUUUCUUGUCUAGCACCCCAUGUACUGUGAUUUCAGACCAAUAUCAGUAGGUAGGAUUUCUAUAUCUUGAGUUUUUAGUAUAACAAUGUCAAGUAGAUGAUACUUUUUGGUUAACAUUGGAAUUGACAUAUAUGAGAAGACUUGCAACAGUUGAAAUUGGAAA